UUUCCAGUGAAUGCUCGUUUGUCCAGAGAACCCUGAACGCAGCACGCAGAGCGAUGAAUUGAGGGGUUGAGAAAAGGACGGUGAAAACAAAAAUGGACAUCGAUCGAAAAUAGCUGAGUUGUCUAAUGUCACACUGCUGACUGGCAUCUCACCAAGGACCUGAGGGGAGAAAAGUGAAGAGUCCAGAGUUCAAAACAAUGGAGGCUCGCUUUGGUAAUAUUGUGUUCAGCUCCAAGUUUGACUCAGGGAACCUGGCCCGCGUGGAGAAGGUGGAGAAGGGCAACUCCAGCCCUACUGCUGAUACGGCUUCCAGCGGGAGCGCCCCCUCAGUGCCAAACAUUACCCCUGACUAUGAGUUCAAUGUGUGGACGCAGCCAGACUGCGCUGGCUCAGAACAUGAAAAUGGAAACAGGUCAUGGUUUUACUUCAGUGUGCGGGGUGCAGCAUCUGGAAAGAUAAUGAAGAUAAAUGUGAUGAACAUGAACAACCAGAGGAAGCUUUACAGUCAAGGCAUGGCUCCUCUCGUACGCACUUUACCUGGCAAGAACCGGUGGGAGAGGAUCCGAGACCGACCCACUUCUGAGAUUGUAGAUAACCAGUUCAUCCUAUCAUUCACUCACCGCCUCUUGGAGGUUCGAGGGGCAACCACCUAUUUCUCCUUCUGCUACCCAUUUUCAUACAAUGAGUGCCAGGAGAUGCUGCAGCAGUUGGAUGAGAGCUACCCCAAUGCUGUUCAGCUCACUCCGAGCAGUGCACCAGGUACUGUGUAUUACCACAGGGAGUUGCUGUGCCACUCUCUAGAUGGCAACAGGGUGGACCUGCUCACUGUGACAAAUUGCAGCAGGAUGCAAGAGGAGAGAGAACCCCGGCUCCCUAAGCUGUUUCCUGACACCAACACUCCAAGACCUCAUCAAUUCUCUGGCAAAAGGGUGUUUUUCCUCAGCAGUCGAGUGCACCCCGGGGAAACUCCAUCAUCCUUUGUUUUUAACGGUUUUCUCAACUUCAUCUUAAGAAGAGACGACCCACGCGCCCAUGCGCUUCGUAACAUGUUUGUGUUCAAGCUCAUUCCAAUGCUCAACCCAGACGGGGUUGUCCGAGGGCAUUACAGGACUGAUUCCAGGGGUGUGAACCUAAAUAGACAGUACCUGAACCCCAGCCCUGAGCUGCACCCUUCCAUCUACGCAGCCAAAACACUGUUGCUUUACCACCACACACACAACCGUGUGCGCAAUACAAACCCUGGGACUCGCUGUAACAGCCCCACACACACACAGGCCCCUCCCCUCAACACCAAGCCAGCCAAUCAGCAUCAGUCUCCUCCCCUCACGGCCCUCGAAGUCAGCCUGAACCAACGAAAUGCAGAGAAAGACGCAAAUCCCCCCCAGGCAGAAGUUCCCAUGGGGAUGGAGGAAAACUCGUGGGAGACCACAGAGGUGGGCAAAGGGGACCAGAACAGCUCGUCGAGCUCUGUAGAGACUGUAGCUCCUGUUACUGUGGAGUCACCAGAACCACAGGAGGAGGAGGAACAGGAAUCAAUCCCACCCCAGGAGGGAGGUGUGGCAUAUUAUGUGGACUUACAUGGCCACGCCUCCAAACGCGGAUGCUUCAUGUAUGGAAAUAGUCUUUCUGACGAGAGCCAGCAGGUGGAGAACAUGUUGUAUCCAAGGCUGAUUGCUGUGAACUCUGCACACUUUGAUUUCCUGGGCUGUAACUUCUCUGAGAAAAACAUGUACGCUCGGGACAAGAGAGAUGGCCAGUCUAAGGAAGGCAGCGGGCGGGUGGCUAUUCACAAGGCCAUAGGUCUGCUUCACAGCUACACUUUAGAGUGCAACUACAACACAGGAAAAGCCAUGAACACUAUCCCACCGGCCUGCCACGACAACGGACGGGCGACCCCCCCUCCACCUCCAUCAUUCCCUCCAAAAUAUACUCCAGAAAUAUUUGAACAGGUGGGUCGUGCCGUUGCUAUCUCAGCACUGGAUAUGGCAGAGUGUAACCCCUGGCCUCGACUGGUGCUGUCUGAGCACAGCUGCCUGACCAACCUCCGAGCUUGGAUCCUCAAGCAUGUCCGCAACACCAAAGGCCUGAACUCACAUGUCCAUGCUCCACCAAGAACACACCACAGCGGCAGCAAGGCGUCACCGCCAAAGAGCUUCAGCAACUGUCUGUCUGGCUCGGCAUCAGAGAACACCCUCAGUCGCAUUCGCUGCAACAGCCACAGCAGCAGCAGUCAGACGCCAUCCCCGAAAGUUCACAGUUCCCCGAGUUUUACUUUUGGCUGCCCCCCACCCCGAACUCACACACAGCACAACAGCACACACAGCAACGUACGCGGAAGCAACAAGGCGCUCGGACCUGUCAGGGACGCUAAGCCUCAGGAGAAGAGACGCCCGCCCCACCACCGCUCCAUCCUACGGUCUCCUAGCAACAGCCACACUCCCACCCGCCCCCCACUCUCACCCCCUUCCUCCUCUUCCUCCUCGUCUUCCUCAGUGUGCGCAGCAGGCUCCUGUCCCCUCCCGGCCUCCGUCAGUAUGACAGGCCUCAGCUGCCCAGACUUUCAGGCUGGUGGACCCAGUUCAGCGGGUUGGUCAAGAAUGCCUCUCCCCAGCCGUCCUGGGCGUGUGGGGAGAGGGUGUCGAACUGUUACCAUCACUCGUCAAACCACAGAAGGCCGUACAGAGACUGCUAAAGACUCGGAGCCUGAACACAUCCUUUCCUCUAUCAAAUUUAGCAAGUGUGAGCUGCAGCCUCAUGUAAGCCGCAUCCCUAUCCGGAGGGUGGGGUCAUCUGAAACCUCUCCCACACGUGACAGUAAAACAUCCCCUAUUAGCACUAACCCACCCUCACCUGCAAAUGAGCACUCCGCCACCAUGAAGGUCUGGAAGCUGAUCAGACCUGGGCUCCACCGACACCUGUCACUGACAGAAGGUGUAUCAGGGAAAGAGGGUGCCAUACAGCUGACCUCUAAAGCACUAAAGAAGAGCACGGGCCGGAGUUUCCACUACAAAGGAAACACUAUUAUAGAAACUGCUCCAGAGACUGAUGAACAACAGGUUGAGGAAACUCCUCCAGUGAUGCCGCUCCCUGAGCCUGUGAACAUGUGUGAGACAGUGACGCUGUGUGGAGAAGCCUAGAAACUGCACACAAGAGCCCUGGUGCAUACAGUAUAUGUAUGUUUUUUUCUUAAUGUGAGACUAAAUUACCAUAUUAAGAUCAAAAUCAUUUCAAAGAAGGAAGGAAUGUGGGGGAAGGGGUGACAUAGUCAUCACAGAAGGAUUAUUUUGGGCAUAUUAAUGUGAACAAUUUUAUCCUUAUUUAUUCAAUAUCCGGAGCAUGCAUGUUUUCAGGCAUGCGGUGCAACACAGACAGACCUAGGAGCUUUACUCUUGUAGCUGGGGGUUAAGUGCCUUGCCCAAUGACACCACAACAGUGUGCUGAGGUAUGGAGGAGACACAAACUUCUUUCAUUCAAGCUUUUUAGCUAAUUAACAAUCCAGAAACUUGAAAUAUCCCUUAACAUUUCAGCUACCAUUAAUGUACCUCACACUUUGUAAUGCGAGUCCUUUCCUUCUGUUGCUCCCUCCCUAAAAAUGUAGUGACACGCACUCAUGACCAGUACUGUUCUGCACUGAUAAAUAUUUCCACAGUCAGCCAUUUGUUCUAGUCUAGCAAAGGAUUGACUUUUAUUCCAACGAGCACAGCAGCACCUUUAUAACCUCAUUAUUCCCGUUGUGGGCUUAGAUGUGAGAGUGAAGUGUAUUUAAUGUAAUUAUUCUAAAGGUUGCGCGUUUUGCAUAUAAUUCCUAUAAAAAACUAUUCACCCACAUUGGACUUUUUAUGAUUUGUUUUACAACACUGAACCCUCAGUGGAUGAAAGUUUACAGCUCGAAGUAAGUGAAGAUGUAAGAAUCACUGAUUGCACAAGAACUCGAGCCCUUUAUUGUUAAAAACCUAAAUUAUCACUAAUGCCGAAGGUUGAUUUUAGACAUAUCAUUGAAUUAAGAUCACCUAUGUGUGAUCAAUGUGUGGCAAGUGAUUUUAGGAUAAACACACUUGUAUCUCGAAGGUCAAACCUUAAGAAGAAACAUAUCAAAUCAUUCCACAAUAAGGUUGUUAAAAAGUAUUUGAGGGGAAUCUAAAAAAAAAAUCAUUCCAGUGAAUGUCUUUAACCAAAGUCUCAUCAUAUUCCCAGUGACUUAAUGUAAUAAAACAUUAAAGUCCAAGGGUGGGUGUAUAUUUUUAUAGGCAAUAAAUGUUUAUUAAAUAUAUUGGCACAUUCCUUUAAUACCUUGAUUUCCAGGUAUUUUAUUACCAUAUAUAUAUUCAUAUAUUUUAUGAGAGAAACUGUUAAAAUAGUCUUUUUCUUUUUAAAUGUAAUAACCAUAUGUUAUCCCAGUGACAGACUGGUUUUUACCAAAUUGAUUAUACUGUGACUGAGAUAAUACUGUUGUAACUUGAAAUAAGCUUAAAAUAUUAAUUAACUUGAAAUACAUAUUUUGAAUUCUGCACAAUAACUUGAUGUGAAUGUAUUUACUGUGUGUGUAG